AUUACAGGCAAUGUCAAAAUAGAUAUAUAUUUUUUCAAAAUCACAGUGAAAACGGAAAGUUCAAUCAUUUGCAAGUCAAAUGGCAGAAGAAAUGGAAACAAGUCUAAAUCUCACUGUUGGCAUUUUUACAAAUUCUUAGUCUGUGAAUCAGGGACGUUGCUAAUUAUCAUCACUUGAUCAGAGUUUGUCAUCAUUCCAGAGAUCUUCCCAGGGAUUAGGAACAGGGAUCUUAAAGGAACUUCACAUCAUAAUUCCAGGCCCGCAGAUAAUGUUAGUGUAGUGUAACGGACUUUCUUCAGGAAGUAAAUGUAAUUUACAACAUUAAACCAAUCAAGACAUAAAAUCUGAUCUGAAAUGAUAUAUGUGAUCAAUUACAAUAACAUUAAAGAAGCAGACUCAUAAAGUUGGCUAUAUGUUAUUAGUGACAGGCUGCAGUGCGCCGGCAGAUCCAGUUAUUGGAAACUCGCUGUAUGCAAGUCAACUAAUUGCAAAAAUCAGAUAACCAAUAUACAGCUGCUAUCAACUUUCCGGCUUGAUCGGAUCUACUUAAUCACAGAAUUAUAAAUAAUACCUGAAAUACCCCUAGACCAACGCCAUGAGUGCGUUCGAACCACCAGCAGAUAUGGAAAUGUUUGGUAGAAUGUAUUGUUAAGCAGUGACUAGCGAAGUACAAUCACUUGGUGCUGUGGAAAUAUGUAGUUAUCAAGAACAAGGACAAGGUCGUUUCCGUUCUGCAAAAAAUUGACCUAUAAUCGAUACAAUAAAGUAAAAAUUUCUACGAUCAUAAAUAUUAGUUUAUUGUUCUCAGGAACUUAGAAUAUUAAAGUGAUCGAAGAAGUUAUUUUAUUGAUAAGAUAAUCUAGCCCCCCAUAAUAUGCAAAAACAAAAGAUUACAUUGCAGAGUCACGAAAAUUGGACUAAUCGAAAGGGCCCAUAUAUUACUAAUCCUUAUCUCAGACGACUGCCAGACAUCCAAUGGCUAUGCCAGCGAUCGGUUAUAAAAAGGGUUGCUCUAGUCCGGAUGUGAAACAUUCGGUGGUUGGAAGUCCACAGAUAUGGUAAGAAUCACAGAAGUAGUGCUGCUCCUUUUUGGCCUGGCUCUGGCCAGCGCCCUCAAAUUGGACUUGGACCUUAACCAAAACCUCGAACUGGACGUUGAGGAUUACCAGCGACUGAAUAGGAUGCGGCAUUUAUCGGAAGAGUUCUUCAAUUACUACCAGAACGUGACUCUGGAGGACUUGGUGCCCGAAACGCGGCUGCCCACUGCCCAGGAUCUGCAGUGCUAUGCGCAGUUUGCCCAACUUACCGCCGGAUUGGUAAGCGGCGAACUUUGGGCCUUUAGAAUGAUUGAUUCCUGGGGAUCGAUACCGGCUGGUAUCCUUAAGGGCCAUCUCAAGGAUCUUGGCCAUUAUGACGAGUGCGUGGCCAUUGAGCAGACCGUGGUCUCCAGUUAUACCCUGCUGGGAAAGUACUGUCUGGCCCAGCUGCCGCUCCAGCAACUACUGGGUAAUGCCGGAGGGAUGAUGAGAAUGUUGAAUGUCCAAACGGCUGUCUGCUUUCCCUCCGCCUGCUCUGCCACCAACAUGGACACACUGCUCCGCAGGGUCUUCCAGCAGCUAAUCGGAUUGGAAUUGAGUGACAAUGUGAAUCUGGUCAGCGAAGGCACCUGCAAAACCGCUGAGAGAGAGGCCUACGAUGGUGUUACCGUUUUCACAAUCGUUUUGCUGUCUGUGUUUGGUGCAGCCGUAGGUCUGGCUACCCUUUACGACUAUUUCUUAUGCGAGGAUCAAAAAAAAUUACCACCCAUUCUGAAAGUUUUCUCGGCCCGUGCCAACUCCCGGUCACUCUUUCGGGUUAGCACGACAUCAAAUCCAAAUGUGAUCGAGUGUCUCCAUGGAAUUCGGUGCAUGUCCUUGAUCUGGGUUUGCUAUGGUCAUGACUAUAUUAUUGGCAUCACAUCGCCCAAUAUCAACCUUUAUGAUGUGUACACGUGGGCCAAGACACCGUUCAUGGACGUCAUCUACGAGGGAGUGUUUGCUGUGGACACAUUCUUCUUCAUCAGUGGUCUACUUGUGGCCAUGGUUCCUCUCCGAGCCAUGGAGAGGGCCAAGGGAAAACUAAAUAUUCCACUGAUGUAUCUGCAUCGCUAUCUACGGUUGACGCCCAUCGUGGCCGUGUCCAUCCUUAUCUAUCUGAAGGUUUUGCCUCUGAUGGGUGAUGGGCCGUUGUACGGCAAUUGGAACUUUGAUAACUACGAUAAUUGCAACAAAAACUGGUAUUGGACCUUGAUUUACAUUCAGAACUAUGCUACUGACAAGGAGUGCCUGGCUCACACCUGGUACCUGGCCAUCGACAUGCAGCUCUACAUCAUUGCCCCCAUCUUGCUGAUUGUUGUGUACAAGUGGGGCAAGAAGGGAGCUGCACUGGUUCUCCUCCUAAUGCUCGGACUGGCCGCCUACCUUUUCAGCAUAAUGGUGAUAAACAACUACUCACUGUUAAACGGAGGCGGAGGCGGUGGACCCGAUGGCGGUGGCAGCACUGACCUGUCGCACUACACACAUACCAGGGCUUCCGGUUGGUUGGUUGGCUUCCUGUUUGGUUACUUCCUGCACUCGAUUCGCGGAAAGUCCUUUAAGCUGAACCGCCCCACCGUCUGGGUGGGAUGGAUUACCAGUCUAGCUCUGCUUCUCACCUGUAUCUUUGCCAUGUAUCCUUAUGGAAUGGGAAAGAGCAAGACUGUGCCAAUCCUUAACGAAGCCUUCUACGUGUCGCUCUCCAGGAUCGCGUGGCCCCUGGGUCUGAGUUGGGUGGUCUUUGCCUGCAUGCAGGGAUAUGGGGGUCUGGCCAACUCCUUCCUCACCUCGCCGCUGUGGCAGCCACUCUCGAAACUGUCCUUCUGCGUCUAUAUGGGGCAUCUGUUCAUACAGAACCUCAAUGGAGGACGAACGCGUGUCAACACCUACUUCUCGAACUACGAUAUUAUGCUGCGCUUUUGGCAGGACUUUGGUUUCUCUGUGCUGCUUGCCUAUGUCCUUUACAUUCUGAUCGAAGCUCCUUGUGGCGGUUUAGAGAGUUUGAUUCUACCGAACCGAAGACCAGCUCCUCAGCCGAAAAUCCAGCCUUCAGCUGAGGAGGCGCCAGGGGAUAGCCAGUCUCCAAUUGAUCUUGAAAGCAAGUUACAGAGCCAAAUGCACCUCCACUAGAUACUGAAUCUGCAUCAGCUGCUCCUCUAGAAAGCAAGGUUGACCUGCAGACUAGCCAGGAUACGGAAGCCAAAUCGACUAGUUAAAUAACACAACAAUAAGAAAACUCAUUGUUUAUAAUUUAUUUAAACUUACA